AUGGGUGGAUCAGUGAAGGAUGUGCAAUCCAAGGUGGAGCUUGAUAGCGUGGUCUGGCCCUCAAAUUCGAAGCACAUGGACGAGGUUGAAGAUGAAGAACAGCCUGGGCCUUUUUCGGUUUCUGAUGUGCCGUACUCUGCCUUUGUGAAGGAUGGAAAGGUCGCAGAUUCAUCUAGUUUGGCCAAUGAAGUUGCUAGGGUUGCUGGGUCAGUUAAGGCUGGAGAACCUAGUGCUCCUGCACCUACCAACCUUGAGACAGUCCAAGAGUUAGCAAAAGAAACUGGAUCUUCCAAGGAGCAAAUUCAAGCGCAAACUGGCCUUGAUGAUGCCUUGAAAAGGAGACUGCAGAAGUUGAUUGACUCUAAUCGAGUCAUGCUUUCAUGAAAGGAACCUCUGAGGAGCCCAAAUGUAAAUUUAGCAGAAUGGCUGUUGGACUUUUGAAGAAGUAUGAGGUCGAAUUUGGAAGUUUUGAUGUUCUUACGGACAUUGAAGUCAUGGAGGGGAUACAGAAGUAUUCUAACUGGCCAUAUUUACCACAUAUCUACUUCGAUGGGAGGGCUCGUGGUUUAUAUCACAUAACAACUUUCAAGAAAGGUUUCCAAAGUGAUAGCGAUGAUGAAUGGGCAUAGAUUACA